AUGGUAGUCAUCAAGCGUCAUGGUUUUCAGGAGGAUGGCCCAUCAACGCAUCAUGAAUCGUCUAUCGACGACAGAGAUAUGCAGCGGAUGGCGCUUCCUGCAGAGCUUCGCCGUCGUUUCAAGCUUGCCUCUGUGAUCGGCUUCGCGUGCAUUUCCGGAGCAACCUGGGAAUGGGCACUUGUGUCCAGCCAGGGUGGCCUCACCAAUGGUGGCUCAGGAGCAGGUGUAAUCUGGAUCUUCCUAGCCGUGAUGAUCGGGAUGUUCACAGUCGUACUUUCCAUGGCUGAGAUGGCAUCGAUAGCACCAAGCGCUGCUGGACAAUACAUGUGGGUGUCUGAACUUGGUCCUCCAGGAGCGCAGCGUCUGCUGAGCUAUUUUGUCGGAUGGUUCGCCGCCAUAGGAUGGCAAGGUGCUGCUGCCAGUAAUCCUCUUGUUCUUGCACAGCAUGUCGAAGCCCUCGUCGCCUUGAACAACCCCACAUUCGAGGUCAAAGGCUGGAUGACGAGCCUUCUCAUGAUUGCAUGCGCAGCUCUCGCAACUUCCGUCAACAUCUAUGGCAUCCGCUUUUUGUCGUCUCUGGAAGCAAUCAUGCUGGCGCUCCAUGUUGUAGGAUUCUUUGCGGUCCUCAUUCCAUUGUGGCUGAUGGGCGAGCGGAGUAGUACACACGAUGUCUUCUUCAUUUUCGAAGACAAUGCUGGAUGGGGAAACCUUGGCACAGCUUGCCUGGUAGGCCUUCUAGGUCCAAUUAUGACCCUAAUUGGCGGUGACUCGACCGUGCAUCUAGGUGAAGAAAUCAGAGAUGCUUCGCGGACCUUGCCCCUAUCGAUGGUGUUCACCUCCCUGAUGAACUACGCUGUCGGCUUUAUCAUGACUAUCACUGUCAUGUACGUUUCCUCGAACUUCGAUCAGACGAUUGCCGACGCGACCGGCGAAAGCUAUGUGGCAGUGAUUUAUGCUGCCACAGGAUCCAAGACUGCAACGACCAUUCUUACCGUCCUCGUCUUGGUGUUGUUCUUCUGUACAGCCAUCAACACAGUCACGACUUCCUCACGUCAACUGUUUGCUUUUGCUCGUGACGGUGGCCUGCCGUUCUCGAGUAUUCUGGCGAAGGUUGACACGAGGACUGGAUUGCCAAUCAAUGCGCUCCUCGCAACAUUCGGAGUUACCUUCGUAUUGUCCUGGAUCAUCUGCGGGUCGAGCAUCGCCUUCCAGAACAUAACCUCAAUCACGAUUGUCGGGCUCUUGCUUUCUUAUGGAACGACGAUUGCAACCAUGAUCUACCGACGAUGGAGUGGUGUACCAUUGCCUGCAGCUCGUUGGAGGUAUCCACAGGCUUUUGGCUACUUUGUCAAUGUACUAGCCUUGUGUUUCGUCACGAUUGCAUUCAUCUUUGCAUACUUCCCAACUGCACCAGGUCCUUCUGCAGAGUCGAUGAAUUGGAGUGUAGUAGUUACCGUGGCAGUCGUGGUGGUUGCGACAGUUUAUUACUUCAUCCGCGCGUCAAGCACUUUCGAAGGGCCGGCAGUCAGGAUGAAGAAAGCUGAGGAUGACAGCAUGUUUGCUAUGGAGGACAUCGCAGUCCGAGGGAAGCAGUGA